CUUUGCUACGAUGUUUGCGAAGUAAGGCGAACCAAUUGUUUGUAGUCCAUUUUCUAUGAAAUAGAUAGGUACUGCGGUGGUUGAGGAAGCUCUCUUUGAAGUGUCUAGUUAUAUCAACAUAGGCAUUUCAUUCUUUUGUCCACAUGCAUCGAUGUAUGAUGCUCAGGGGAACUUCUUAAAUUGUCGUGAAUUAUACGAUAAGCUGAUUACAAUUAGGUCUGUCGGACGCUUUCCUACUUGUGUGGGUGGUGUCGUGCGGAUUGCAUGCAGAAGUGUCCGAGGGGCGAGGAAUCAGUGAAUCACCAAGUGAGAGGAGAAGUAGCCCACGACAUGACGUUGGAAGUCUUGUCACAGGAGCUUCGGUACCCUGUAAAAUUCUUUUGGGUUCGGCUCUUCAUCAUCUUCUCAAACAUCCGAGGGUCUAUAUGAGAAGAACUUUUCAUUGUGUGGUGAAUUGUGAUGUGCGGGCUAUUCUUUCAUUUGGCAUCAACAAUUGCGAUUAUCGGCUUACUUUUCGUUUCGAUAUUGAUCCUGCCAUUUGAACCAGACAAUUUUGGUGCUCUUUCUUCAAAUUUUAUUUUUUAAUUUUUUGUAGUUUGAAAGAACUAAGAAGAAAUAAUCAUAUAGAUAAUGGGGAGACACAAGAAAUAUAUAGAACCUCAAGUAAAUCAGACAGAAGAAGGCUCCACGAAGAUGGAACCUUAUCUGGUACCAGCCAUUCCAUCUGCUUCUCUUCUCAUUUACUUCUUAAGCUACCAACACCAUCCACUUCCUUCAUUUAUAGGUUUUUCUUACUACUUGUGAAGAAACAAACACCAUCCGCCUUAUUUUGAACUCAAGCAAGACCAGUCCGGCCACAAGGAGAGUCAUGGCACACUCACUAACCCCGGCACCUCUUCCUGCAACGGUACCUAUCUCAACAGCCUCAAGAGACAAGUCUCAAUGCCCAUCUCUAGGGUUUCAAAGAGUGUGGCUUUGCCAUCAAGGUUGUGAUGGAGACCUGGAUUACAAACUUGUACAUCGCAGGGCUGUGACAUUGGGCAUAGCUGGUGCAGUGCUCGGCUUGAAUGUUAGCAAUCGAAGUGGGAGUGCGGCAGCUAGAAGGCCUCCGCCGCCAUCACCUGAGGAGAGGAGGGACCCCAAUUUGAGUGGUGUCCAGGUAAAAGUUUUGGCUAGCAAAAAAAGAAAGGAGGCCAUGAAAGAAGCCGUGGGCAAGCUAAGGGAGAGAGGAAAGCCUGUCGACGGACCAACUGGAUCUGAAUGAUUUAUCAUCAAACGCAUACCAUACCACCUUAGAAGUUGCAAGUGUCUUUCUGCAGUAGAUGCGCAUCUAAGAAUAACUAUCAGACAUAAUUCUCAUUCAUUUUGAACCAAUUAUUGAUUAAUGUACCUAUGAUCCAAUGUUCGGUAUUUAAUCGGGCAACUGGUCAAAUCACCAUGACAUGUAAUCUACUAGAGACUAGAGAGAGCACCAAUUUUCUGUAUCCAUCUUUUCCUUUCACAAAUCUUUUGCUUGUAAACGUUCUGCAUCAUAAUUAUGAAGAUUCCAUUUUGUGAA